UCCCGGUCCUGGCCCGGCUGCCGCGCUGCGCCCAAUCCGCUCCGGAGUCUAGGCGCGGGUCCUAACCUUCCCGGCCCUCUCCUGACACCUGGUGGAUGGCGUCACCAGAACUCCGAGCUGUGGAACCCUAGGGUACCUGUUACCGCGCUUUGGCGAAACUGGGUCCGCUGCUGAUUUGCGAACCUUUGCCUGACUUUCUCAGGCCUUGAGAGAUCUCCGAGGUAAAUUUGGUGGCCCAUUGAAAGGAUCGGGAGAGAGCGUGUGAAGAUCUGCCUCUUCUCCAAGGAACUCAACCACUAGUGACAAUGACCAGCCUCCUGACCACUCCUUCUCCGAGAGAAGAACUGAUGACCACCCCAAUUUUACGGCCCACUGAGGCCCUGUCCCCAGAAGAUGGAGCCAGCACAGCACUCAUUGCAGUUGUUAUCACCGUGGUCUUCCUCACCCUGCUCUCGGUCAUGAUCUUGAUCUUCUUUUACCUGUACAAGAACAAAGGCAGCUACGUCACCUAUGAACCUACAGAAGGCGAGCCCAGUGCCAUCGUCCAGAUGGAGAGUGACUUGGCCAAGGGCAGGGAGAAGGAGGAAUAUUUCAUCUAAUGACUCCCGGGCCCCAAGGAGCUUAUUCCUGGCUCCAGCGCUAACAUAUUGACUGCUUAUUACGGGAAAGUUUUCUCUGAAGCCAGGGAGAAGCAUUGAUUGAUGUGGGCAAAUCCAAGCUCCAGCCAGGUCGCAGUCCCAAAUGCCGACAUCACUGACUCCAGGGACCAGGGACAUGGAGAAAGCUGUUUAUGGUAUCUUUAACCAGGCCCUCUUAUCAGAGCUGAUGUUUGUGACUGGUCAAAAAGAUGGGGCUAUAUGAGGGGACAUCUGAGUAUGUGCCCAGUCAUCUUUUUUCACAGGUUGAAGGGAGAGAAAAGAGUGUUAGGGCCAUUGGCUGCUCUACUCUGUCCCCUACCUGGUUACCUAGUGAUAGCCCCAGUGGAGAUAAUGUCCAUACAAGGUCUUCCCAGAGGCUGGAUACCACAGUAAAAGGCCAGGCCAGGAGGGGUAGGAGACUCUGGAGAUCUUACCUCCUGAUAAAUGUGCUAUAUCCCCUAAUCUGAGCCCUUCCUUUCCGUGUUCCCCGACAACCUCAUGCUUACGUGAUUUUUAUCCAAAUUAAAAUUUUUCAUUGCUA